AUGAGCUGCCAGGAAAUUAAGGCGGGUGGAGGGGUCACCUCUUCUGUCUUUGAACCCUCUUCCGACAGCGAGAAAGAUGCAAUUGGUCCCCAAGAUGCUUCCUCUGUGGAGAUAUCCCCUCCCAAGUCCCUCCCAUUCAAGCUCACGAUGUUAUUUCUCUCCAUUGUUACGCUAGUGGCAUCUAUGGAUGCUGUCAUUGUUGGCUCCUCUCUCGCGGCGAUUGCAGAGGACCUCGAAACGACCAGCGUGGAGGCCUUCUGGGUGGGGACUGCCUUCUUACUGGCACAAACCGUCACCAUUCCCUUCUACGGCGCCACCAGCGAAAUCUUUGGCCGCAAGCCUGCCAUCCUUGCCGCCCUCUCGGUCUUCACUUUCGGGAGCAUCAUGUGCGCCACAGCUCGCAAUGGAACAUGGCUCAUCGGGGCCCGGGUGGUGCAAGGGGUCGGGGCUGGUGGCAUGCUGCAGUUGGUUCAACUGAUCAUGUCGGAUAUCACCACCAUGAGCGAGCGGGGUUUAUACAUGGGUUUCAUGGCGCUUUCCUGGGCUUUUGGCACGAACAUUGCGAUCCCGAUGGGUGGCGCAAUCAGCUCGCGAACCACUUGGCGAUGGAUAUUCUGGAUCAAUGUUCCAACAUGCGUCCUCUGUAUCAUCGGGUUGGUUUCCUUUUUGCAUCUUCAUCGGGCCGUCUCUGCCUCUUUCAUGGUCAAGCUGGCAACGAUGGACUGGACGGGACUGAUCAUCUUCACCUGUGGCACGACCUUGUUCUUGGUCGGCCUGACCUCCGGUGGGAUCUCUCAUCCGUGGAAGUCGGCAGCCGUCCUCGUGCCGUUGGUCUUGGGCUUCUGCCUGUUGGUUGCCUUUGUUCUCACUCAGUGGCGUGUAUCCCGCAGGCCGAUAAUGCCCCUGCGCAUCUUCCAUGACCGGUCAGCAAUCGUCGGCUAUACGACCAGCUUUCUGCAUGGGUUGGUGUUUUGGGCUGUGGCAUAUUAUAUGAUUAUAUUCUAUCUCGGGGCCCUGCAACACGGUAUACUCCACGCAGCGUGCGAAACCAUGACUUCCAUCGCAUAUGCAGCUCCUGCAGGGUUUGUUUCCAGCAUGGUCAUCAAACGAACACAGCGAUUCAAAUACAUCAUCGUGACCGGUUGGGGACUUCUCGCGGCCGGGCUUGGAACCAAUGUUACCAUGCACCCCAACAGCAGUCCGGCCAUGCUUUAUGCCCCGCGGGUGCUUGCCUCACUCGGGGGAGGCCUUUUAUUCCCCACGCCACUCUUCGCCGUCCAAGCCCGUCAAAAGGACCAGAACAUCGGCAUCGCCACCAGCGUGCAAGUAUUCAUGCGUAGCCUCGGUGCGGCAUUCGGAGUCGGACUCGGAGGGGCGAUCUUCCAGAAUCAAUGGACAAGAGAAAUCCACCGGUCGGUCAGCGCGGGAAAUAUCCCACACGACCUGGUUAUCCAAAGCAACGUCGCAGAGAUGGCCUAUACCAUGAUCAAGGCUUUUCCCCGAUCCGUGCAGGAUGAGUAUCGGUGGGUGUAUGCGCGUAGUCUUGCGACGGUGUGGUGGGUGAUGAUGGGUCUGUCCUUGGUCGGAUUUGCCAUUAGCUUUGUGGCGAGGAACGAUGUUGUCAAGGGGGGAUUGUCGGGGUCUCAGAACUUUCGCGAUACGAUUGACUACCUCAGCGAGGUAUCCACGUAG